AUGCCCGGCAUGAUCAGUAAGAUCAUCUCGCUGGCGCUGGCCGUUUCUUCCGGCUUGGUCGGACAGCGGGCCCAAGCCCAAGCUGUAGCGAAGAUCCAAUGCGCGUCGAGUGUACAUGCCAUCAUUGCUCGGGGUCAAGGCCCCGGCGAUGACUUGAAUGUUAUGGUCAAGGUGCAGAAUUUGAUCUUGGAUCAAAUUCCCGGUUCCACCAGCGUUGGAUUGCCAUAUGCCCAUGAUGCUGAAGACAAGUUUACCGCAGUUCAUGACGGUGCUCUCUUGAUGCAGAGUUAUGUCACAGAGUACCUAAACGUCUGCCCGGAAUCAAAGAUUGCCUUGAUCGGAUAUUCUCUGGGCGCUGUUACGAUGAUGGAAGCCGUUUGCGGCACGAGCUCCCUGUUGCUGAUUCCCACUCAGCCUUUCGACGCCUCCUUAAACAAAACAAGUACGAAUACACUACAGGACACCUCAACAGGAAACUUUGGACUGAAAACUCAUCUAGUUAUCGCCGCUAUCGCCUACGGCGACGAGACCUUUGUCCCCCUGCAGCCAUGGGAUGUGGGCGACUGCACAGUUGGUCUCAGGAGUAGGGAACCCAAUGACAUCACCGAGAGAGCAAUAGCUAACACAUUAUACCAAAUAAAGAUAUUCCCGCGCUUGCUUCCCAUCACCUGCGAACCAUUUGCCUCCUCUCUACAAAGCUACUGCGAUUAUGGCGACGACCAGUGCUGUGCGGUUUUGCCUGCGGACGAUAACGCGGCUCAUCAUGGCUACGUUGAUAAGUACAGCCAGGAUGUGGUCAACUUCAUUGAGGGCCGACUGAAUGGCAGCAUCGUCUGA